AUGAAUUCACUGCUCUGCUUUCUGUGUAGAUACAACGGCAUCAUCACCAUCAUCAUCAUCAUCAGCUGCUCUGUCCAAGGCCAGCACCAACUUCUCUCUGGAUCUUGUUUGAAAACCCAGGACUGUCAGGACGAUGUCCACACUGGCUUUACCCACCUGCUGAGUGAGCUCAACAAGGCUGAUGCUCCGAACGCCCUCAGUGUGGCCAGCAGACUGUGCGGGGAGAAGUCCUACCACUUUGUUCUGGAUUUCUUAACACAAACCAGGACGCACUACGACACAGAGCUGGAGUCGGUGGACUUCAGAACCGGCUUUGAGGCGACCAGAGUCAGGAUCAACAGCUGGGUGGAGAAGCAGACACAAGAUGAAGCUCUCGUGUUCACCUGUGUGGUGAAUAGAAGUGAUGAGGUAAAAAAGCAGCUGACCUAUGAGAACUUUGUGGCGUCGACUCGUCCCUGCCUCGGUUCACGAUGGAGGAGACGUACGACCUGAACCAUGUCCUGAAGAACAUGGGCAUCGUGGACACCAACCAGCUCCUCUGGCAUGUCUGACACCAAAGACCUGGUGCUGUCAAAAGUCACCCACAAGGCUUAUGUGGAGGUGAACGGGGAGGGAACCGAGGCUGCCGCCGCCACUUCUGUCCAUCUCAAGAUGUCAUGUCUCAGUUUUGUUUUAGCCUUCUUCAUCGCAGACCUCCUCUUCUUCAUCCGCAGCACCAUGAGUGUUCUCUCUGCUGGACGACUCUGCUCGCCCUGAGUGAGCGCGGUGUCUCCUCUGCAUGGCUCCAGCUAUAAAUCACAGUUACAUUUCAAGAGAUUUGAAAAAGUCUUUGCUGGUAGGUGAGCAGGACAAGCUGCUGAGCUGCUGCACCUACACACCAGAAAAUAAAAGGCUAUGGCUACUCAGACUGGAACCAGUAAGAGUAGGAGGCCAGUAGAGGGAGCUGCUGACUCUGUGUGUGUGUGUCUGUACCCUGACAUCUGUGUGGCUCUGCUGCCUCUGGCCUCCAGCAUCACCAUAGCCAGGUCUGAGGAGAUGCUUUGAAUGAGCAGAGUGAUAUCAGAUGCAGCUUGUCACAUGUUUCAGGUGUCACGGUUCCGUGGCCUGACGGCCUGGUCAGAGAAACUGCCCCUGAAUGUGGACAUGCGUACUCGCCUGCUCCUGCUCACGGCGAGCAGUUCGUGUGCUGGGUGGCAACAGAUGGUAAAUGUCGUGCCCAGCAGGGAGUUCACUGCCGGUAAUGACCUCAGUCUCUUUUAUGAAACCGUCACAAAUGCAGGUGAGAGUAUAAACAUGAGAAUGUGUCCUCUUGUGUGUUCUCUCCCGUUUUAUGAGGAUGCUCUAGCACCACGAGUGUUUCAGAGAAGCUACUAAAUUC